AUGACGGGCCGUCCCCUGCCACCUGUCCCCGCCUCCCCGCCGUCAAGCCCCGACGAACAAGACAGCAGCGCUCCGCAACCGACCGUGGCGGAGGCGGUGGCGGUGCCGCCCGUGCCGGUCGCUGGUCCGACCGACGAGCGCGUUGCCACGCCGCCUCCGCCCUCCUUCGACCCCCCUCCGCCCCCUCUCCCCGUUCUCCAUCGGAGAUCCUCCUCCCGCGAUGUCCUCCAGCCUCCCGUCCCUCAAACCCGAGUCCCCGCCCCCGAAGCUCCGCCUCCCGCCUCUCAAACCCGAUGCCCCGCCCCCGAUGUCUCGUCCUCACCCCAGCAGCAGCAACAGCACCAGGCCUCGCCUCCACCCAUAUUCGCACCAGCCCACAUCUCGGCCCUCACAGUCACCGUCGUCGCAGCCAGCGUCUUCUGCCUUGCCCUGCAAAUUGUGGCGCUCUGGCGACGUAGCAGUUAG